AUGGAGGCUGAGAACAUGAAGGCAUCCUCAGUGGAUCUGAGAAACCUUGAGGCUAAGGUUGGAAUGAAAACACCCGAUAGUCUUCUCCGAUGGAUGCAAGCUGAUGUCCUGGAUUGCGACUUGCUCGAGUCGGAGUGCCUCCCCAGUGACCUUUUUACAAAAAUCGAAACCAUAAAACUUGAAAUGAGGAAGUUGCGCUCUGCAGAUGUGAAGAUCCUACAGCAGCUGGAGGCUCUGAGUGAGGAGAUGGAAUGUGUGCGAUGGCUUUGGGAGGAACGAAGCUUUCACACCAGUCUGACCACCAACCAGAACGGCCAAAACGAAACCUUCAUCUCGAACAGCCAGAUAGUUUCCGAUUUAGAUCAAGAAAAUGGCAAAACGAGGCUAACAUCAGCAGAACAUGCUGAACUUUAUGGAUAUGAGAGUGGAACUGACCGAUCUGUGGUUAGUAGAAGUUCUGACCACUCCACGAUGAGACCAGAGCUUCAGGAAGCACCGGUAUUUGAUGAAGAAACAAUAAACGGGUACCAAGGACUGCUACUAGGCCGUGUGGAGAGUUUAGAAGCCCAGGCUCCAAGGCCAAAGGAAGAGCAGAAUGAUCCAGAUCCAUACCUGCUUGCUGGUGAGCUCCUCUUGGGUUAUGAUGUGCGUUGGCGUUGGGUGGAGCGUGAGGAUGACGUGAUGUUCCUCUGA